UGUACCCGGGCGUGCGCGUGUAGCUGAGAUCGCGGGCCUCACUCGCGAGCAAAAUGAGACUCAGCGCGGCGGCACAGUCGUGGCGCGGAGGGGAAACGCGGCGAUUGGCCCGCGCGUGUUCCGAGUAAGCACGUCGCGUCUGAAUCGCGCGGACAUAGACAUUCGACGUAGCAACGUCUUUGUUUUGUUGUCCAUUAAUUCAUCCUCGCUUGUGUGAGAGUGUCGGUGCCCGCCGUGCGCGUGCUUUUAUACACGGAAUGUUGGAUGCGAAGGCUUCGUUUCGACUGGCUUGCUGCUUGGCAGUUUUCAUCGGAGGCGUGCACCCAUACAGCAUGGAGAACCCGUGCAAGUACCACAGCGACGCCAGGUGCACGGAGGCGUGCAAGCAGUUCAGGAACCUGCCGCACGGCUACUGCCGGGGCGACCACUGCGAGUGCAGCAUUAACGCCCGAGCUGUGGUUGAGUCCGCGCCGGACCCGUGCCAGCUGCAGGACAUCGGCGCAUGCGUCGUGAGCUGCACGGGCCUGUCGUUCGACAUGGGACAUUGUGUCGAGCAGAUCUGCCAUUGCCUCAACAUGAACGGCGUGCAGCCCGGCACCAGGCUCAGCGACGCCAAAGCAGCCGCCUCGAAGCAGAAUGCUAUGAGCGCCGCGGUGCAGCCCGAGCGUAGGGUUGCGGUCGAUGGGCGUGGAUUCCGGAAACAGCAGCCGCACAGGAAGCGGGUCAUUGGCUCAUCGCAGGAAACCUACGUCCCGCUGCUCGAUUUGCUGUCAGUGCCAAAGGUUCUGUAUGACAUGGACCCGUGCUGGAAAGGGACGCCCUGAGCAGUGCAGGACGGACUGCGGCAAGCUGCACUACGAUCGAGCCAGCUGUGUGCAGAAUGUGUGCAGGUGCAGCAAGACGACCACGAGGGGCUGACCUUCAUCGAAGACUGUAACGUUGUGGCCUGAGACGGCGAGAUUUCGCUCACGCGUAGACACCACACAGGCGACAUGUGAGCAAACGGAUUUCAGAAAGGAUGUUAAAGGGACACUGAAGAGAAAAAAAAAUAGUUUGAGCCGCAAUAACAAAUUGCUGUUCUACGUUUAGCAAAAAAAGAAAAAAAAAAGCACCUAUUACCGGGAUAAGAGGCUUGGAACAAGGAAGGAAAAACGCAAGAACUGAAAGACUCGUAGCGACGCCUCCUUCGUGUUCCCGCACCAGCCAGCCAUGACGUCAUAGAUUUUGACGGCCUCUGCUCGGGACUAGUUAAGCUUUUUAUCGCUAAAGACAGACUACAUAAUUUUCUGACGGGCUAAAAGACUGAACUCGGCAAGUUUGAACUUUUACUGAGUUACAACGGCACAAAUAUGAGAAUUAUUACUUUGAAAUCCAUGACGUCACGGUGAAGUCCCGGUGCUGCGGAUUUCGGCGCGAAAAUCUGAAAAAUGGAAUUGGACCUUCACUUUAUCCUCUAAUAAUGAAUGAAGCCAUCCCUGUUUAAAAAUGCAUAUGCCCCAUAACUCCCAUAUCCAACAAUCCGAUAUGAAACAUAUAGGAUCCCAUAUAAAAACCCGCUUUUCCCAUAUUCUAUAUGACGUUAUUGAAUAUAGGAGUUAUGGGGAAUACGUUUUUUUUUCAGUAGGAAUAUUACCGCGAGGUUAACGGAAAUAAGGAUUCGGAAGAAUGCUUUAUCGGUCUAAACUAAUUUAGUGUUUCCCUUUAGUGUCCAUUUAAGCUGGGCUGUUGACAAUAAACAUUGGGAGACUUCCAAUAAAGUUCUGAGUUGCGAGUACAGGGCUUAUAUGUCCCG